AAUUAUGUGUUUGUCCAAGGUCAUACAGCAGACAAGUGCGGAGCUGGGAUUAGAACCCAGGUCCUCUGACUCCAGUUAGGGCAUGCAGCUUGCCAUGUAGCAAUUUACCAAUUUAGCAAAAUCUAGUGCCAUAGAAUUUCAGAAUUAGUGAUUUAAUCGCCACCCCUGCAGGCAUUUGUAGCCUGGGAGAGCAAUUGCAAAUUCCCAAUUACCUCCUUUCUAGUUUCACACUUGACUGUUGAUUGAGAGGUGCCUUUUGAUUGAGGAAGGCAACCAUUUACUUGAGGGAGGCAGCCCAGUGUUUGAGGGAGGUGCCUUUUCUCAAACAAAUUUCUUCUGGAUCUUCUAAACUGAUAGCGCAGUGCCUAGGGUUUUAUUUUUCCCGGUAAAAAGGCCCUGAAGGAAAGUUGAUUCCUUGUUUUGUGUUUUAGAAAACCAUGCCAAUCUUCUGCCUUGUUCCAAGGCAUCCUGUUUGGAGACAUGGAGUCUUUCCAAGAUGGCUAGUGAGUAGCCACCAUAGAACAUCAGUGGGAUUAAUCAGAGCUCUUGAACAGAAAACAAUGAAGAGGAAAUGUAAAGACCAGUCCAGGACAUCUAGACCCACGUUCCUCCAGGUGGCCAGGAUUGCCGGCUUCCUCGGUCGGAGAGACUUGUGUAUCUCUUCUGCCAGAUCCCAAGAGGUGAUGCUGACGAGCGAUCGCUAUGCUGUGAAGAGGCUGCCCUUCUCACAUGUGUCUAAUGAAGAUCUAGCUUUCUUUGAAAACAUUAUCCCUGGCCGAGUCGUCACAGAUCCAGCUGAACUGAAACCUGCUAACGUGGACUGGCUGAAGAUGGUUCGAGGCUGCAGUAAGGUGUUAGUGAGGCCUCGGACGUCAGAAGAGAUAUCUCAGAUACUCAGGUAUUGCUAUGAGAGGAACCUGGCCAUAAAUCCACAAGGGGGGAACACUGGUAUGGUGGGGGGCAGUGUCCCUGUCUUUGAUGAAAUCAUCCUUUCCACGGCUCUUAUGAAUCAAGUCAUCAGCUUCAACAGUGUGUCUGGAAUUCUUGUUUGCCAGGCUGGCUGUAUCCUGGAGAACCUAAACAGAUAUGUGGAGGAGCGGGACUUUAUCAUGCCACUUGAUCUUGGAGCGAAGGGCAGCUGCCACAUUGGAGGCAAUGUGGCAACAAAUGCAGGUGGUCUGCGAUUCUUGAGAUAUGGCUCCCUCCGUGGGACUGUCCUGGGCUUGGAAGUGGUGCUGGCUGAUGGCACAGUUCUGGAUUGCUUAACCUCACUGAGGAAGGACAACACCGGCUAUGACCUAAAGCAGCUUUUCAUAGGAUCGGAGGGCACCUUGGGCAUCAUCACAGCCAUCUCCAUCCUGUGUCCCCGGAAACCCAAGGCUGUCAAUUUGGCAUUCCUAGGUUGUUCAAGUUUUGAUCAAGUUCUGGAAACCUUCAGGACCUGCAAGGGGAUGCUGGGAGAGAUCCUGUCUGCUUAUGAGUUCAUGGAUGACAAGUGUAUGAAAUUGGUUGAGCACCACCUCAAACUUUCUAACCCAGUUACAGAAAAUCCCUUUUAUGUUUUGAUUGAAACUUCAGGCUCCAAUGCUGCUCAUGAUGAAGAAAAACUGAAUCACUUUUUAGGACAAGUCAUGAACUCAGGUUUGGUGACAGAUGGUACAGUUGCCACAGAUAACAAGAAAGUGAAGAUGCUAUGGGCUCUAAGGGAGAGGAUCACUGAAGCUUUGAGUCAUGAUGGCUAUGUUUACAAAUAUGACAUCUCGCUCCCUGUGGAGAAGCUCUACGAUCUUGUGAUUGAAACCAGGGCCCGGCUGGGAAAAACUGCCAAGAACGUGGUAGGCUACGGACACCUAGGGGAUGGAAACCUGCACUUGAACGUGACUGCCGAAUCCUAUAGCCAUGCCCUGUUGGAGGCCAUCGAGCCGUUCGUGUACGAAUGGACAGCCCAACAGCAUGGGAGCAUCAGUGCCGAGCAUGGGCUGGGCUUCAAAAAGAAGCAUUUCAUCAGCUACAGUAAACCGCAGGAGGCCAUCCUGCUAAUGCAGCAGUUCAAAGCCAUGUUGGAUCCCAAAGGCAUCUUGAACCCUUACAAGACUCUCCCCCCCUCAGUGUCCUGCUGACACUGCUCCUCCUUUGUGACGACUGCUGAGAAGCAGGUGUAGAAAUGUCCAGCUUUUUUUUUGCCCAGCAAUGGCAAACAUUUGCCAUCAGAGGGGUUCGCUCACAGGAAUUUCCAACACCGCUUUGCUAUAUUAGUUGGGAGGGUAAGUUAAGCAAAUAAACCGUCUGGCCACAUCACCUCUGUUGUCCUGCUUGGAGCUGGGCCAUGCCGGCAGAUCAAAGUUAGUAAAUCUCUAGAGCAGAUGUACAAAACUCAGUUCUGAGAACGGACUGCUUUUGGGGGUAUACACUUGCUAAAAAAAGAGUGUUUGUAAAAUGCU